UCAUGUGUAGUCCACGCGCCGAAACUAGGUUACAGUGAGCUGCAGCGCGAGAGCAGAGCAGAGCAAGAGCACAGAAGAGACAGACAGACAGACAGACAGACAGGCGAGGAGGAGCAACUCUUAGACUAUUUUAUCACAACAGCACCUGCGAGCGAACACUUAGUAACAGAUUGACUCUGCUGCUUCUUCUUCUUCUUCUUCUUCUUUUAGAACAGUUUGUGUUUCAAAAUAAAGGCGAAGAAAAAGGCUCGAAACAACCUUGCAAGGAUUUGCUGUUGUGACAGUUUUCAGCUGCUCCGCUUUUGGAGCUUUCUCGCGGUAUUUUUUGCACCUGGAGUUGCAUGACACGAAGAACAAGCUGAGACCUUUUCCCGCCGACAUGAGAGCUCAAAUCGAGGUGAUACCCUGUAAAAUCUGUGGGGACAAAUCGUCGGGGAUUCACUAUGGUGUCAUCACCUGUGAAGGCUGCAAGGGAUUCUUCCGACGCAGCCAGCAGAACAAUGCUAUGUACUCCUGCUCGAGGCAGAGGAACUGUCUCAUUGACCGGACCAACCGUAACCGCUGUCAGCACUGCAGGUUGCAGAAGUGUCUUGCCCUGGGCAUGAGCCGUGAUGCGGUGAAGUUUGGCCGAAUGUCCAAAAAGCAGCGUGACAUCCUUAUUUCAGAGGUCCAGAAGCACCAGCAGUCGCAGGCAGGCAGUGGUGCCCGUGAGGAGAACUGUGACAUGACCGACCUCAGCUGCCCCUACAGACGAGGCUCCAGCGCCACACUUAGUGAUCUGGACGACAUCUCCGCGCUGCCCGAAGGCCUUCUGUUCGACCUGCCACUCACCCCAGAGGACGCAGGCGGGGACUACUGUAACCUGGACAUGCUGUACGGCAGCGCAGGGAGCGGCUCGUCCUCUCAGAGUUCACCAGAACAGACCAACUUGGACUUUGUAGAGGGCAAACACAACAUCAAGCACGAGUAUCAGCUGUUGCAUGACUCUGGACUCUUCUCGCACGCUAUCCUCGACCUGCUGCCCGGCGGCUACUCACUGCUCGAGAUAGAGCGUAUAACUCAGAGUGUGGUCAAGUCCCAUAUUGAGACGAGCCAAUACAGCACAGAGGAGCUGAAGAGAAUGGCGUGGACCUUGUAUAGCCCAGAAGAGACGCGCUCAUACCAGACCAAGUCAGCUGAGGUGAUGUGGCAACAAUGUGCCAUUCACAUCACCAAUGCAAUCCAGUAUGUGGUGGAGUUUGCCAAACGCAUCUCUGGCUUCAUGGAUCUGUGUCAAAACGAUCAGAUUAUUCUCCUCAAAGCAGGCUGCGUGGACGUCCUUCUGAUCCGCUUGUGUCGGGCGUACAACCCCAUCAAUAACACGCUGCUGUUUGACGGGAAGUUUGCCACUGCUCAGCUUUUCAGAGCUCUUGGCUGCGAUGAUCUCGUAAAUGCUGUGUUCGACUUCGCUAAGAACCUGAGCCGCAUACAGAUGUCAGAGGAGGACAUUGCUCUUUUCAGUGCCGCCGUGCUGCUCUCGCCAGACCGACCCUGGCUCACAGACGUCCAGAAGGUACAGAAGCUGCAGGACAAAGUCUACGUGGCUCUGCAGCGCUGUCUACAAAAAGAGGGAGCACCAGAAGAGAAGCUCGCAAAGAUGGUGUCUAGGCUUCCUGUAAUGAAGUCCAUCUGCAACCUCCACAUCGACAAGCUGGAGUUUUUCCGCCUGGUUCACCCCGAGACAGCGUACACCUUCCCCCCUCUGUACAGGGAGGUAUUUGGCAGUGAAAUCAGCUUCCCAGACUCCACCGAGGGCUAGUGCCGUUUAGAUAAAUAGCUUGAAAAAUAGAGAAACACUGAGGUUAAGGGAGGAGAGACAUAGAAAAUGUGGCAACCAGCUGAGACAAAAAACAACAACAACAACAACAACAACCAGCAGCUCAACGACAAUCCUGAACGCUACACUUCAGGUCACGCUCCUCUCACAUCCCACACCUGUGGAGGCCAGUCCCUUCACCUUCAACACUACAAGAAGUGCUGUUUUAGGAGGUUGAAGAAAUGUCGAAAUGGCAGCCUGCAUUUGUAUUCUGGAAACAGUUUUACAACCUCUCAUCAAAUUGAAUUCCUUUCUAACGUAGAUCUGACAUUAAUUACAGUUUCUUUAAACUAUUGUUGAAUGUACCCACUUUUCCCUUUACCCGUUCAGCACAACCUGAGACUCCAAGUAGAAUGUACAUAUUUAAAAUCCUCAACCCACCAUGUGGAGGUUCUCAGUAACUGACCUGUCAGUUCUUUUUCUGUAUGUUCUUUUUUGGUAGUGCCCAUAUUUUGCAGUUUUGUAACAUGAGAACAAACUGUUUAAAGGGACCAUGAUCAAACUCACAUGCAGAGAGAUUUCUUUUUCUUUUUCUUUUUGUUUUACUGUGUGAAUUAAGCAAACAUUUGGUGUCUGCUGCCAUUGCACACAGAGCGCAAGACAUAGCACUUAUGCUGAUCUUUGUAGGUAUUUUUACAAGUAUACACCUUCACACAUUGACGUGAGCUCUUUAUUUUUGUAAUGCAAUCAAUGACCUCAAUCCCAAGACCUUUUUCCCUUUGCAAAUGCCACUUCGAGAGAGACAGAGAGAAAGAAACACAGAGGUGUUGUCAACGUAUUUUUAGAUAUUCCUUUGUUCAAAUAUAUAUAUGUAUAAAUAUAUACAUAUAUAUUUAACACCUAUAUAGUCAUGUAAAAUAAGAACAGUUGUGAAUUCAUGCAGAUUAAGGGAGAGGAGGAGUAAUGUCGUACUCAGGUCUCUUGAACAGAAACUGCCUGCCUGUACUUUGGGGUACUGGGAUGGAACGAUUGUCACGCAGAAGAAAAUCUAGUAUUAUGGACAAUAACGAGCACUUAACGAGUCCACGGUAGAAUCCAAAAUAAACUCUCGGCACGCGAUUUUUACGGGUUCACGCUCAAGACUGCCAUCUGUGAAAAUGUACCAGUCAGAAAUGCUAGAAAAUACCCACUGCUGACAAAGCUGGAUGAACAAGGUGUUCAAAGGGUUUUCAAAGAGGAACUGUCACGCUCCAAACAUACACAUACAGUACAAAGAAGAGUUUCAUCGGCAAAACCUCGGACAUUGUUUCAAUGAGCAGAGUCAGAGCUGAAAAAGGACAUUGAAAUACAUGCUUGAAGAAGAGGGAGUGGACAGGCAUCUCACUCCUCACGCUCAGCUCUCACUGCUUUGGGGUCACACAGACUGUGUUUGUGAUUGGUGAAAUAAAUCCUCUGUUCCUUAUUCCCCCCCCGCUCCCUGACUACCUCACCCUCCUCAAACACUACACGGCACAGAGCCAUCAGCUACCACCCUGAGUUAGUAUUUCUGCAUACAUAUGAGAGAGCUUGUUGUUUUAAAAAAAAAAUAUAUGACAAUUAGAGAUGAAAUUAGACGAGCAGUGAUGAUACCCUUAAAAACAGACAGAAGACAAAAUUGUGGAUCUGCUUUUCAAGGAAACCUACAUAGAUAAGAUACAGUUCUUUUACUGGAGAUGUAGGAAAAGAAAUUGUACCAUGUUUGUGUCAAAUGACAUGUCCUACUAGCAUACCAUAGCUAUGAAAAAGAAAUAGUUUUAAUAUUUAAAAAGAAAUAACACUGCCGUUCAUGAUUUCUAAAGACAAUCACAAUGACCAUCGUUGAAUGUCAAGCUUUAUUUGAUAUUUCAUCCUGGUUUGCCUUGCACUGCUGGGACAGUGCUUUCCGUCAAAAAGUGAUCUCAUGAAAUAGUGGCAUAGUGAGAUUGUGCAAUAACGUCUUUCCCAUUGCUCUUUCAGCUUAUAUCUUUCACAAGCACUCCAGCAGAGCACAGACACAUGAUGUUGCUAGGAAAUUAAUGUACCAAAUACACAGCCAGCGACACAGUGACACUCGCAGUGUAGCAAAGUGCAAUACUUUGUGUGUCAAGUCAAAGAAUGUUAAGACGCGCUGAUUUCAGGAGACUCCGUGUACGUCAGUGCAGGUCUAAACAUGUGUCCGGGGGGCAGCGAUGAAGAUCUGCACGCACUUUUCCAUUUAGUGUUACUCAGGGAGAUAGCUGGGCUCUCUGUCCUACGGUGUCUGCAGCCAGUCUAGCUCGUACGACACCUCACACCAACAUAAAAGACCUUAAAACCUUGAUCACUGUGUACAGUACAUGUUCUUGUGAAUGUCUGAUUACAGAAGUAUCAAAGAUUUCCCCCCCUGUCUGUCACUAUUAAGACUUUUCUCACGUUGGAGUAAUAGAUGAAAUAGGAUAUAUGGAAAAAAAAGAAGAAAAAACAAACAUAAAAUUGGAUUAUAAUCUCUGAAUCUUGUGUUGGCUUUGUUGUGAUGUUUAUGUUUCCUAAUUGUAUCCUUACGUGUACUGUUUGUUUUGUUUUCCCUCAUCGUUUUAGUGUCAUUUUCUUGGAGAGAUGGGUUUUUUUUUUUUUUUAAGAGCGUUUUUGAAGAUGUCUCUCUAAAAGUUUCUCUUUUGUCAUGAUCCUUCUGUUUAUAAUAUGUUCACUUUAUUUUAAGAUUGUUAUUAUUAAAUCGAUAUAGAUUUUAAUAAGAAAUAAUUUAUGAUAUGUCAUGGAUAUAAAGCUCGAGAGGUUUUAACACAGUCAGGUGUUAUUGCACAAUGGCGAUACAAUAUGUGGAUUUAAGAAUGUAAUAAAAGUCCUUUUACAAUUAA